CCAAAAUCCAAACCCUAAAAUCCUAAAUUCACUUCAGACGCUAGCCAUUCCAAAAUCCAACAGCUCCGGUCGGCGUGAUUAUUGGUCAGUUCUUCAAGAUCCGUCGGCGUCGUGUUUCUUCCCGAUCAAGAUUUUUCAUCCAGUUCCGGCGUUCGUUAUUCCAUUUUUGAUUCUGUCAGCCCUAGAGCGCUUGAUUUAUCAAACAAGCUUUCAGCUUCAAUUGAUAGAUUUGUGUCCGCAACAAAAAACGUGCUGAAUCUGUAUCAUUAACGACAACCAUGCCUCAAGGAGAUUACAUAGAGCUUCAUAGGAAGAGAAAUGGAUACCGCCCUGAUCAUUUUGAGAGGAAGCGAAAGAAGGAAGCUCGUGAAGUUCACAAGCGUUCUAAAGUUGCCCAAACGGCUUUAGGAAUAAAGGGUAAGAUGUUUGCUAAGAAACGAUAUGCAGAGAAAGCUCAAAUGAAGAAGACAUUGGCUAUGCAUGAAGAAUCGUCAAGCAGACGCAAGGUAGAUGAUGAUGUUAAUGAUGGUGCUGUGCCUGCCUAUCUUCUUGAUCGUGACGCCACAACGCGUGCAAAGGUUCUUAGCAACACUGUAAAACAAAAACGGAAGGAGAAAGCAGGGAAGUGGGAUGUGCCUUUACCCAAGGUUAGACCAGUGGCUGAAGAUGAGAUGUUUAAAGUAAUCAGAACUGGUAAAAGGAAAACCAAGCAGUGGAAGAGGAUGAUUACGAAAGUUACAUUUGUAGGACAGGGUUUUACCAGGAAACCUCCAAAAUAUGAGCGUUUUAUUCGUCCAAGUGGUUUGCGGUUUACCAAAGCCCAUGUGACCCACCCUGAACUUAAAUGCACUUUCAAUCUUGAGAUAAUUGGCGUGAAGAAAAACCCCAAUGGUUCAAUGUAUACCUCUCUUGGUGUUAUUACCAAGGGAACCAUCAUUGAGGUGAAUGUGAGUGAACUAGGUCUUGUGACACCAGCUGGGAAAGUAGUAUGGGGGAAGUAUGCUCAAGUGACGAAUAAUCCCGAGAAUGAUGGGUGCAUCAAUGCAGUUUUGCUUGUGUAGAAUUGAGUAGUACAAUGCUUGGUUUACAGCAUUUUCAAAAAGUCUUUAAAUUUAAUGUACUGAAUAUGGAAUUUCGUUGGUUAUGGUAAUGGUAGGAUUUCACAGUUGGAUAAUAACCUAGUAAAAAGUAAAAUAGUGCCAAGAGGGGAGUCUUGAUACAAUUUUUGGUGGAUUUUAUCCUUAAGUUGCUGGUGCUUGUUUAGAGUCUGUGAAAAGGCUGAGAAAAAACCGACUUGCAAAUACACGUUUUAAUUUGCUUA